AUGUUUUAUUCUGUACAAAUUGAUGAUACUACAGACAUAACUCAGAAAACACAAUGUUCUGUAAUUUUAAGAUACAUAACUAAUAAGUCCGAGUUGGUUGAACGUUUUUUUGGUUUUUAUGAUGUCAGCGAAGACCAUACUUCUGAAGGAUUAUUUAAUUUAAUCACUUCCCUUUUUCUAGAGUUUAGUAUUGAAAAAAAGUUGGUUGGUCAGUGCUAUGAUGGUGCUAGUGUGAUGGCUGGGCUUUUAAAUGGUUUACAAGCUCGAAUAAAAGAAAUUGCACCAAAUGCAUUAUUUACUCAUUGUUUUGCACAUAAAUUAAAUUUAGUUUUGCAACAUGGAUGUAAUAGUAAUAAGAUAUGUCGCAUAUUUUUUGCCAAUUUAACUGGAAUAUCUGCUUUUUUUCAUAAUUCAACAUCCCGUACUAAUGUAGCUGACAGUAUUAUAGGUAAACGCAUCAUCAGCUGA